CUACUGUGGCCCAUCUCCAGGUCCUCCUCUUGCAGCCUGUGCAAGCUUCUUAACCAGGACUCAAGACUCUUACCUGCUCACUCACCACCCUCCCUCACCAACCAUGGCCACCUUCGUGGAGCUCAGUACCAAAGUCAAGAUGCCCAUCAUCGGCCUGGGCACCGGGAUGUCUCCCCCAGACCAAGCCAAAGAAGCUGUGAAGGUGGCCAUUGAUGCAGGGUAUCGCCACAUCGACUGUGCUCCCGUCUAUCAGAAUCAGAGUAAGGUGGGGGAAGCCAUCCAAGAGAAGAUCCAAGAGAAGGCUGUGAGGCGGGAGGACCUCUUCAUCGUCAGCAAGUCUCAAGGCUCAGCGCUGCCCUCUUUGCAGUUGUGGCCCACCUUCUUUGAGAGAGCCCUCGUGAAGGAAGCCUGUCGGAGGACCCUCGAGGACCUGAAGCUGAGCUACCUGGACCUCUAUCUGAUUCACUGGCCGCAGGGAUUACAGCCUGGGGAGGACUUGUUCCCCAAAGAUGACAAAGGCAAUAUUGUUGGCGGUAAAACAACAUUCUUGGAUGCCUGGGAGGCCCUGGAGGAGCUGGUGGACGAGGGGCUGGUGAAAGCCCUUGGCAUCUCCAAUUUCAACCACUUCCAGAUCGAAAGGCUCUUGAACAAACCCGGACUGAAAUAUAAACCAGUGACUAACCAGGUCGAGUGUCACCCAUUCCUUACACAGGAGAAACUGAUCCAGUACUGCCACUCCAAGGGCAUCACUGUCACGGCCUACGGCCCCCUGGGCUCUCCAGACAGACCUUGGACCAACCCAGGUUUCCCUCCUCCACUGGAGGAUCCCAAGAUUAAAGCAAUUGCUGCAAAGCACAAGAAAACCACAGCUCAGGUUCUGAUCCGGUUCAAUAUCCAGAGAAAUGUGGUUGUGAUCUCGAGGUCUGUGACACCAACACACAUUGUUGAGAACUUUCAGGUCUUUGACUUUACACUGAAUGAGGAGGAGAUGGUGACCUUACUCAGCUUCAGCAGAAAGUGGAGGGUCUACCGCUGGAGCAUGGUUUCUCAUUUGGAGGAUUUUCCCUUCAAUGAAGAAUAUUGAAGCUGAGUGUCCUGAUGGAAUUACCCAGUGGUUUUUCUCUCUACAAUGAAGUGUUACUCUCUCCACCUGAGCUGCCUUUUAGCCAAGCUUGUCUGAAAUCACACGGAGCCUGGCCCUGUUGUAGGCCAGAAUCCAGGCAGUGUUGUAUCUAGAUGCACAUGUUCAACUAGGAGAAGAUUAUCACAGAAAAGCGUGGCUCAGAUAAGGAAAUGACAAUUGGUUUUCACUUAUUUGAUCUGAACAAAUGGUUGUCAAACACCAGAAACUGUGGUAACAAUGAGGAUGCAAGGAAUCAAAUGAAUAAAACAUAAUAACAGUAACA